CAGCUUCAGCAGAUUUGUGACUUUCCUCAACUUGUUCUAUUCAGUUUAUACAACAAAAAAUAGAAUCUGAAUUUGACAAGGAUAAAGAAAAUGAAGACGUCCAAGGAGUGAGCCAUGAGUCAGAUUUAAUUUGUCUGGAUGCCUGUCCGAUAUGUGGAGAAGAAUUUUCUGCCGAGGUGAUGCCUUACCAUGCCAGUACAUGUGGAGAAAGUUUCCCUGAGAUUUUCCCCUCAAUUAUGGAUGGAAAUUUGUUUGAUGAAAGUGCCUCAUCACCAUCCCAAACCAGUACCAGACUACAAAGCACUACUUUCCAACUUGAUCCUGAUCAUUUGACUCCUGGGCCAUCAGUUUCAGCUGAAAGUGCACCUUCAAUGUGUGAUGAUUGGAAGAGGAUCGAGCUUCCAGAAAGGGCAGCAGUAUUGUAUAGGCGGUAUACACUUCGACAAAAAGAAGACGAGCUCCCACUGAAAGUAAGAAUUGAUAUUCGAGAAGACAUGGAGGACCAGGAGGGCAGAAUAAUAAAUUUUUACAAGGUCCCCAAAAUUGAUUGGACUAGACCUCUUCAAUGCAGAUUGGAAGGGGAUGUUGCCAUUGGGGAUGGUGUUCAGCGCCAUUUUUUCAGCAUGGUGAUGCACAAGCUGCAGAAUGGAUUCCUCUUUAAUGUUGGAAAUGGAAAUGGAACUGCAUUAUUUGAAGGGCAAGCAGACCACCUUAUUCCAUCUACUUCCCAAGUCCUUUUGCAGAGUGACUUGUUUGUGAUGGCAGGCCGGAUUAUCGGUCAUUCUUUCCUCCAUGGUGGGCCUUCAUUAGCAGGAGUGAGCCCAGCCAUUGUACAUGUGUUAUUGGGUGGCUCCCCACAGACAGCAACCAUCACACUUGAAGAUGUGGCUGACAUCGACAUUAGAGAGACAAUACAGAUGCUUGCUGUAGGUGAUUUAAAGAAUGAUUUCACUGAGGAUCAAAAGGCAGCCAUUAACCAACUGGCAAUGUCUUGGGACCUUCCAGUGUUGACCACAACCAAUCGCACUUGGCUGUUACACAAUCUUCUUCAGCAUGCAGUGCUGACAAGAACUUGGCGACAGGUAAAACAGCUCCGACAAGGACUGAAGGAGUCAAUGGUAUGGCAGUUGCUGGAGGCUCGCCCUGAUGUGGCAUCUGUGGUUUUUCCAAGCCAGUCAAUGGCUGACUGCAGUACACAGGUUCUCUUAAACAACAUCAUCUGGCCAAAGGAAGAAGAAGAGGGGGAUAAUGAACCCCUAUUUACCACCCAGUCCAGAAUUUCAGGGUACCUUAGACAGUUUGUGGAGACUGCUGAUCAAUGUAAAUUGAAACAGCUGGUUAAAUUCUGGGUGGGCUGGGAGCUGCCAAUGAAGGACAUGGAGGUGAAGGUGGUGCAGGCAGAACACCCUACAUCCUCCACCUGUUUUUGCAUUCUUCGUCUACCAGCUCAUUACACAACCUAUGACCAAUUCAAAAAACACCUAGAAAGCUGUAUUGCCACUAGUAAUGUUUGUUUUGGCCUUGUAUAAAAUUACAUGACCUCUUUUAAAUUGAGAUAUUACAGUGAAACAAUAAUUUCUGGCAUUUUCAUGUUUCUGUUUUACUGUAAAUGUCAAAAUUGGCAUAAGGAACUGUUUGAGAAUGUUUAGAUGUUGCAGUGUUUUACAUAUUAUGAUGCUUUUGGGUAAUAUUAAAUGACCCAAACUGUUUAUAUUUAUGUGUUAAUUCUGUUAAUUGUUAUUUUUUUCAUUUACUAGUUCAACAUUUAAGCUUCUUUCAGACAGCUACAGUUGUAGUAAAACAAAAGACUGCUUAAAGUGAAUACAUUUAUUUUGUCUGCUACAGUUAAAAAAAAUAAAAUAGCUAGACAGAA